AUCUGUAUAUAAGAUCUGCAGAGAAAUGUAUGCAGAUGGAGCUGAUCAACCCUUCCAUAGUUUACCAGACUUAAUUGGAGACAAGUUAGUAGGAGGUCUGCUCACACUCAGCCUGGAUUACUGCUUUGUCUUAGAAGAUGAGGAUGGCAUAUGUGGCUAUGCUUUGGGAACGGUUGAUGUGACUCCUUUCAUUAAAAAAUGCAAAAUGUCUUGGAUCCCGUUCAUGCAAGAAAAAUAUACUAAACCAAAUAGUGACAAGGAGCUGUCAGAGGCAGAGAAAAUAAUGCUAAGCUUCCAUGAAGAGCAAGAAGUAUUGCCAGAAUCGUUCCUUGCCAACUUCCCGUCAUUGAUAAAGAUUGAUAUCCACAAAAAAGUGACAGAUCCAAGCGUGGCCAAAAGUAUGAUGGCCUGCCUUCUCUCUUCUCUAAAGGCUAAUGGCUCCCGUGGGGCUUUUUGUGAAGUGAGACCAGAUGAUAAAAGAAUCCUGGAAUUUUACAGCAAACUGGGUUGUUUUGAAAUUGCUAAAAUGGAAGGAUUUCCAAAGGAUGUUGUUAUCCUUGGAAGAAGCCUGUGAAGUGCUUGAUGGUGAACUGUUCCAGUACUGUAGUCCCUGAACAGCUGGGCAGGUAGUGGUGGGGAUCUUCAUAUGGUCUAGCUGCACAAAACCAGCAAUAAGCCAGCUUGGUCAAAGGGGCUAUGCGAAAAUCACCCAUCACACAUUUAGACUGUAACUGGUUGGAAGAGGAUAAUGCUGCUGAAAACACUGUUUUAACAAAGAGAAACCUUGUCCUCCCCUGGUCCUGUGUGAAGUGCCAAGGAAUCUUGCAUGGGCAAUAGCUUCUCGGAGGAAUCCCUCUCAGUUGUGGUUGACAACAGUAAUCUGCGUUCACAUGUCAACAGAAAAGUGGUCUCUGUCAGAAGUAUCUAUAAAGAUGCACAUUUUUUCUCUGUCAUAAGAGCAGGAUGUGCAACUGGAAGUUGCAGAAAUGGGAGGGAUUGCUUGUGUCAAUCAGCAAAUUUAAAGAUAAGUAGCUACAGUUCUAUUUUUUACUAUCUUUAUGCUUGUUGAUAAAGCAGUGACCCGUUGUCACUUCUAAUGACCAUUGGUUCGAGCUUUGUGCUUUGUUAGGGACAAAUGUGCAGUUGUCUGUGGCAGAAGUCACUUAAUGACAAACUUGUAAAUUGCAGUGUACAUAAACUUAGCUGUAUGCUGACUUCUUGUUUACCAGUUUUUGUAACAUUUUCUUUUGAAAAGUGAAAUGGUGUAGGUCCAAGAUGUCACUUUUGAAUAACCUAAAACCACGGUGGAGAACGAAUCUGUCCUCAGCACUGACCUUUCUUA